AUGGCUUCCACGUCAGUUGACGUGAGUGUUCAGUUCAGGGCCCUCGCGGACCAAGUCUUGCGCACUGAGCCAGAGAAGUUACGAACUUUGCUGAAAGGGAUCUUCAUACCCGAUUUCAAGCCCACGUUCAUUGACGAUAAAUCACUCAGACUUCCUGGUAUUAACGACAUUGAGCUUUUGGGUCCGUCUACAACAAAGGGUCGCAGCCCGUACCGGAUGUGGAAGGGAGAAGAGGUCGACUACAAAUACGUGUCCGGUGUCCAACAAAAGGCAGCUGAACUGCCGGAAAAAUAUAAAGACACCGAGCUCAUUAAGGCAAAAUGUAGGCAAGAUAUCGAAAAGCAGAGAGAAAUGUUGGAAAUGCUUCCUGAUGUUGUGCGCGACUCCAAGUUGAGGCAAGAGGGCGACGUCGUCAGGUCGCUUCUUCGCAGAUCUGCACAUGCCGAUUCCAUCAAGAAAAGGCUUGAUAACUGUAAAAAGGCCCUCGAUUCGGCCUUGACCGACUUCCGAUAUGCUGAGGUGCAGACCGAUGUGUUUGAUGAUCUAUUGAAAGAAGUGGGCGUGGACGAAAAUACCGCGAGAGCCGACCCGGAUCGGAGCGUCAUAAGUCGACUGGAAGACAAGGUUAACGAUGCCCGGGUUGCAUUCAGAAAUGCCGAACAGGCAUAUUUAGAAAACCGAGAAAACGAGGAGUUCGUUACAUUUUACAGGAAUAGCAAAGUGGGACAAGCCGUUGAUGAGAUGAAACUCCGGCUACAACAUUGGAGAUCGGCGAUCAAAAUUGAACAGUCAAUCGAGCAGGCCAAAAUCAUCUUCAAUGACAAGCUCUUCAGCAGCAAUACGGUCGUCGCCAACUCGUUCGACGGCGACAUGGACAAUCACAAAUCUAUUCUCAACCAGACCGCCAAAAAGCGAUAUUUGUGGCUAGACACAUGCUGUAUCGACAAGAAGGACCCCGCCGAACUGAACGACUCUCUUUCUCUCAUGGGUGACUGGUACAAGGACGCAGACUUUUGUCUUGUGUAUCUAGAGGGUCCUGGGUCCCAAACAGAAUGGAUCGACGAGUGGGAUCGGUUCAAGCGCAGCACACUUCAGGAAGCCAACAUCAAAAGCUUCAGGAGCAUCCACGAAUAUGAGCCAGAAUGGGCGACGCGAGGGUGGACACUCCAAGAACUAGUCAUGAGUAAGACUACAUUCUAUCUCAAUUCUGCUUGGAAGCCGUUGAGCAGGCCUGUGGAAUACCUUGGUCCUUAUUACUAUAGCUCUCCCUUUAUCGACCUUUACAUCGGCCAGGAAACGAACAAUAUUUUCAAGGAUGCUCUCAAGAGUCUCUCACAACAUGAGGCUCUUGAUUAUAUUCUAGACAAAGGAGGGAUGCAGAAUCCUUGCGGCGCGCUCGAAAACGGUGGCUCGAGGACAAGCUCAGAACAUCCUAUUCAACAGCAACAGCCCCAGACACAGGACAGAGAAGACGCAAAAGCCAUCACAGCAGCAAAAAAGCUUCUAACGAUCCUUGAGGUUCUGGGAAUGCAGAUUCCGCAAGAUAUGGACAAGAAGUCCGCUGUAUCGCAGAUGGCCCAGGCGGUCUAUGUUGCAGCGAUGAACCUAAGUUCUCAGAGCAACGGUCAUUCGAAUGCUCACAAUCUGCUUCGAUCCCUCAUGGACUUCCUCCAAUCCUACGGCCCCAUUGGAAACAGCACUGUCCACUUUGACCGGAACAGUAUAGUGCAUGCAAUCAACAUGCUUCUUCAAUGUUUUGUCACGACAACAAUGCCUCUCAUCAAGCAAGACAGAGAAUAUAUAGCGGAGUUUGGCGGCAUCCACGGCCUCAAGAACUGGCAAGAUGGUGUUAUCAGAAUGAAUUUCUCUGCCCAUACCGUCAUGCCACUUGCAUGUAUCAGGGACUCCGGUGUUGAGACUGAUAGGGUAUACUCAUUGAUGGGCUUGCUAAAUGUGCGAUUUCCUACGUUCCACGCCGAGGGUCUGACGAAGGCUCUAGCGCGGCUUCUGGAUGAAGUUCUCGUCUCUUGGAACGAUGUUUCGAUCUUCAACUGGAGUGGACCACAUUUCGGCAGUCCCAUUCGAGGCCGAUCCCUCUAUCCUUCGGUGCUAGAGGCAUUUAAAGUCCCAAAAAUCAAUGAGAGGGACUUCCUAGCAGAGAAAACUGCAGAACUAUCAAAGAGGUUCGAGAUAGAGCGAUACACAACAAUGGUGAGCUUCCAAAAGUCCAUUACCGUGCUAAAAGAAGCGAUUACCUUUGUCAAGGAAGGCAAAGAGACGAGCUUUCUGGUCGACCCCUUCAAAAAGAUUCUAGAAUUUGUCAAAACAGUCGAUUUCAAGGAUCUAGAGCCGUGCCUCGACCUUAUGCGCCAAUUCAUGCAGGAUAUCCAAAAGAACCUGAGCACUCCAAGACCUGCGAAGGAGAGCUCGGAUGACGCCACAGCCAAGCCGCCGAAGCUGGCGCAGUCAUUCAUGAAAGAGGGCAGUUCUUUGGCAACUAAAGUUUUACCUCCACGACCUUCGCUGGGAUUUGACGUCAAGGCUGCCAAAAAGGGGUUUGGCAGACCGGGGCUUUCGCUCGGCAAACGGGGAUCUAACGAGGAGUCAACACCAGCCAAAAACAUCAGUGACCCGGAUUUGGCAAUUUCACCUUCUUCCACAUUCAGCGAGGCUGAGACCCUUGUUGAAAGAGAACAAGAGGAUUCUCGCCAGGAGUUGGAGAAGCAAAAGUUUGACCUUGUCGCGGCGUUCAUCGGAAAGGUUGAAGGAAUCACUACAAAUUCAAACCAGAACGCAGCUACAACUACCCCCCUCCCACCUCCAAUACCACCCAUACCGUCUGGAACCAUAGAAACUACUGUUGGUCUCACAGCGUCGGAACCAGUGAAGCCUCGUUCUGAACCAGAGGAUAUGAUCUGUCCUAACCCAAUUAUUGUAACAAACUCGGGAAUCGAAGGGACUUUCGACAUCCAGCGUGUUAUAAUUACGAUGCUGGUGCCAGAUAAGCUCAAACGACAGAUUCAACAUGCAGCAAGCAAUGAUCAGAAGAUCAGUGGCUGGUGUAUGAUCAGCACUGGUUUUGCUCUGACCUUGGUCGGCUUUUCCUGCGAGAAGCACAUCCUGCAGAAGCAGCUUGACGUUGUCAAUGCUGUCGAAAACAAGGUAUUGCGAGAGCAGAAAGACGGCCAGAAGAGAAAUCGGCUGAUGUCAAGGGUGAAAACCUCAUCUUUCGGUAUAAAGUCGCCGUCAUCGUCGAUACAGGAGGAUAACGCUUCAAAGUCGGAGGAGAACCCACAAAUCGAGGUCACAGAUGAGGGCGACGCGCAAGAAGCAAAGAAGGUCAGCCGUAUGAUCCAGUUCGUUCAAGAGCAAAGGUUGGACGCAAUUGCUGGUGAGUGGGUGCUGGCGCGGUUCUCAGGAGUCCCGGGCGCGAAGUGGUUCUUGUGCAACCUUGAGCUAGGCUUGACACACCAGUACUACGGGCACCGCAUCGCCACGACCGAGAUCGACUUUCACAAUGCGGCUCCGGAAAAAGGGCUCAAAGCUCAUUGGGAAACAUACAUGAGGCGCAAGAAGCGUAAGCUGUGCGGCUUGCUGAAGGCGCAUCUCCAAACCAAGGACGCAGAUAGUUUCAAGGCCGAGCUGUCGAAAGAGCUGACCAAAAUGAUGAAGAAAGACGGGGAUGACAAACCCAAAGGCGAGCCCGAGGACGAUUUAGACGACAUCGCAGAUGGUAACGAUUCCGACGAUGAGCCAAGCUUCUUUAACCAAAAGCUUGAGCAGAUGAAAGAGAAAGGACGUCAGGCGGCCGUGAAGGCAGGAGGGUUCCUGUUCGAGAAGUUCUGGGAGAUGCGGGCCGAUCAUUUGGACAAGAACCUGAGCGCCUCUGUUCUCAAGAAGACCCCGACGUACCUGCAGGCGGCUCUUGAGAGCUUGAACGACAACAGGAGCCUGCUCCCGUCCAUGUAUCUCACGGCGAAGGUUCACAUGUUUUGA